AAAUGGCGUUACGCUAUCAUGGGUUUGUACGGCGAGUGGCUAGAUCGUUUCUAGACCGACACAAGUAUGCUCCAGAACAUGCACGGUUCAUGUCGUGUGAAGCAGUCUCUACAGACCUGGUGAAAACUGAGAAACGAGGUGAGGUGUUCAUGAUCGGCCUCAAUUCUCCGGGCAAACGGAACGCUGUGAGCCCAGCUGUAGCUAAAGAACUUCUGAAAGCGUUCCAGCAGUUUGAGGCGGAGGAAGGUGCCAAGGUGGCCGUGUUGUAUGGAGAAGGUGGUGUGUUUUGUGCCGGGUAUGACCUGAGUUCACUUUCAAAGAUGGACGCAUCAUCAAGCAGCCUGCUGGUGAAAGAGCCAGUGCAGGACAUAGGAGCACCAAUGGGUCCGUCUCGGAUGUUUCCCAGCAAACCAGUGAUCGCAGCUGUAGAAGGGUACGCUGUCGCAGGAGGUCUAGAGCUGGCCUGCUUGUGUGAUCUGCGAGUAGUAGACGAAACGGCAAUCAUGGGGGUUUUCUGUAGACGAUUUGGUGUGCCACUCAUUGAUGGAGGAACAGUUCGCCUGCCGAAACUCAUCGGGUUAUCACGUGCCCUUGACCUCAUCCUGACUGGGCGGGCAGUGACCGCUGCUGAAGCCAAGGAAUAUGGAUUGGCCAACAGAGUGGUCGCAGCUGGCACAGCUGUAGAGGAGGCAGUCCAGCUGGCCAAAGACAUCUCCAUGUUCCCCCAGGAAUGCAUGCUUACUGACCGGAGGUCAGCAUAUUACAGCUCCUUCAAUGCCAAAAAUACACUUGAUGCAUUUCAGUUUGAAUUUGAGAAUGGAAUGAAAGUCAUCGCAAAGGAAUCAGUCAAGGGUGCACAGAGCUUUGUGAAAGGAUCGGGCAAACAUGGCAGUUUUAAUUUGGACAAGAAAUCCAAACUUUGAUGGAAUUGCAGGAGUGUAUGGAUUGGAUAUUGUUUCUGUUCCUUCCGUGUUUGGUGAAGAUGUAGUGACCAUUGACAUGGUAUUAUAUACAUGUGGAUCAAUUGAACAGAAUAUUCAGAGAACAACGAGUGAGUUUAGUUUUACGCCACUUUUAGCAAUAUUCCAGCAUUACGACGGUGGUGGACACCAGAAGUGGGCUUCACACAUUGUGCCCUUUGUGGGGAAUCAAACCCAGGUCUUUGGCAUGGUGAGCAAAUGUUUUAGCCACUAGGCUACCCACACUGACUAUUGUGGGAAGAAACAAACUCAGAGUACAUGCAAGGGGCUUACAUCAGGACAGUCAGACAGUGUCAAUCAGUAUUAGUGUGUUCUUAGUACAAUAUUCUAUAGAUUAUUCAUUUUCAUUUUAAAAGAAACAUGAAUGAAAUGUCAGUUCUGGAGAUACAACAUGAGAUACUUACUGAAUAUAUAAAAUAAACAAUCAACUGAAACAAUGUUAUAAUGCAAUGUGACAAAACACUGAAAUUUACAUGUAUAAAUGUCAGGAUGUAAUGACACUUGAUAUUUCCACGCCUACAGGUGGUAAUUAGAGAUUAUUAUAGUGCAGAUAUCAUAUCAACCCUCACCCUACAGUAUCCCUCUGGCCUUUGGCCCUCGAUCUGGUAUGGGGGGCGUAUGGCCUUUAACCCAGGGGCGGGUUAAUAUGAGGGUGACAACCCCUCCCCUCUCUUCAUCCAGCUCUUAUAUAAUUUGUCUUGGCAACCAAUUCCAGUAUGCUUGAGUCAUAUCAGAGUGCACAGAUUCGCUUUUCACAUAAAAUGCAAUAUUAUGCAAGGGCAUGAGCUUAGAGCUAGAUAGCUUAUCAUUUAGCCACUGACAUUUUGGCAUUCACACAUCAGAUAAACAUUUCUAGGGAUACCACAUAACCAGGCUCGGCAUCCGGCAUCCUGCGGAAAAGGGUUUGGCACCCUCUGAUAUGGGGUAUAGGUUUGGUAUGGGUUAUGAUAUGAAGACUGCCUUCAACAACCUUUGUAUCUCUUACCAUAACAUCAAAAUGCAAAUGUACCUUGUUGCAAGUGAACAUUAUGCAUUUUCACCUUGUAAGGAAGAUAUUGUCACAGAAAAGAGAUUUAGCUCCACCCAAAAUGCAUUGACAAACAAUAUCAGCCUGGGAAGGGGUGUAAUACGGGUCUGGAUAUUAUGCCCAUGUAACAUGGCCAUCUCUGUGUUGGUUCCACUGCACAUGGAAAAUGUCUAGUGUUGCCCUUGCAGGUGUUUUUGAUUAGUUUGUCAAAAAGGUGAGAAUUUAUGGAUGUCAACUUUUGUAUUUUGAGGAACACUUCGCUUAGGACUACAUUUCCACUCCUUCAUCAUCAUCAUUGAUCUGAUGAAGAAGUGAGAAUAUACUCUGAAACGUACAGAAGUUGACAUCCAUAUAUUCUUAGGGACCGUUUAUAAUUUAUGGCUAGGAGGGGUGAUUUAAAGGCGGGGUCACCCAUUUCGUUCUGGGAAGCUAGAGGGGGUCAUCAAUUUUGUACACACAUACUAGGGGGGUCAGCAAUUUUGUACAUAAAAAUAUGUUUAAAUUUAUAGCUUAAAAGUUAGGGGGUGGGGCAUUGAUUUUGUACAUGACAUGCAGGGGGGUCACUUUUUUUUUACAUAAAUUUUAGGGGGGGUCAUUCACAUUGUACAUGCUUCUCCAUAAAAAUCAUCAUCACACCCCCCUAGCCAUAAAUUAUGAACGGUCCCUUACCUUCUAAAUGCUGUCCAAAGACUUCUUUACCAUGUGAGAUGAGUAGGGGCGGAUGCAUCUUUUUGAGAAAGGAGGGGUGCACACUUCUUUUUCACGAGAGUUUCAAUGGUCAUGUAAUCAACUUUCAGGGCAAAAGGAGGGGUGCACAACCGUGUGUGUGUGCGCACACACUCACACGCAUGCACGCACACACACACUGGAUCCGCCUAUGAUGAGUGUUUCCAGUCAAGAGUGUAUUCUAGUAUAUUCUUGUGCUUACAUGUGGAAACAUCAGAUGCAUCACCACAGUCCAUGAGUGAGUGAGUUGGGUUUUACCCCACUUUUAGCAAUAUUCCAGCAAUGUCACGGGACACAAGAAGUGGGUUUCACACAUUGUACACAAGUGGGGAAGCGAACGUGGAUCUUCGGGCUGCGCUUUAACCACUGGGCUACCUCACCAACUCCCAUGGUCCAUGAAAUGGACAUGACUGAGUCACUAUAUGCUUUUUUACUGAUCUUUCAAGAAUAUAUAUUUAGUAUGA